ACCGGUUUAUGAAUAAGGCUAAUUUACCAUCCAUCAGUGCUUUGCCUACUCAAGUGGGAUGAGACGUGACAUUUAGUUAAAAAUUUACUUUGUAGUGUCCCCCAAUUGAUUAAUAAGCAGACAUAGUGCUAAUUGUGAAAUUCGAUUGUCUGACGAGCGCUAUACUGGCUGUGCCGUACUGUGUCACAGUGUGUGAUUAGCUAGAACAAAUUGUUCUAUUGUACACCACAGUACUAGGCUGCUACAUACAUACCAAUUUUUUGGAGUUGGCUAACAACAGUAGCUAGCUAACGUUAAUUUAAGAUACGUGGUAGUAUUUAUUAUUGAAAUGGAGUCUUUCAUAAAGUUCACAAAUCAAAGUCAAGGGAGGGACCGUAUUUUCAGGGCAACCCAAUAUGCUUGCGCUUUUACGAAGUACUUACUACGAAAUAAUUCAGCCCGAAAAGAACUAGUGAUGAAGCUGAAAAGUCUGGAGUCAAACAUGAGUUCUGGCAGAAAAUUGUUUAGACUGGGGAACACCGCGAACUCCGUUGAAGCUGCAGCACGAACCUUGAAACUCUCUGACCCAAUUCUACGCCUGUGCCUUACAGUGGCCAACCUCAACCGCGCCCUUUACUUUAUUUGUGAUAAUGUACUUUGGGCCCGAAAUGUUGGCCUAAUCCAUGAUAUUAACAAGGACCGGUGGAGCUUGCACGCUUCUCGUUACUACUUCUUGUCCUUAGUUAUGAGUCUCACAAGAGAUGUUUACGUUAUCUCUCAGAUAAUGGUGCAGAGGGCAAAAGAUAAGAGCUUUCAACAGAAAAUCAAUCAACACCUCAAUGACAGUCCUGAGGUGGCCCCUGUUAUCAUCCCUCAGAUUGAUACCUUUCUCUUUGUUCUUAUUGAGAGCCUGAAAAACCAUCCAGCAGUUGCCCUGGACACAAUGAAAAACAUAUGUGACAUUUUUAUUCCACUGGACAAGCUAGGAAUCUACCAGUCAAAUGCAGGGGUGGUGGGCUUUUGUGGUCUGAUAUCCUCAUUUUUAGGAAUAGUGUCUCUCCUGCAGCCCAACUUGAAAAUGAAGCCAUAGACAAGCUUUUAGGAAA